AUGUCGUUAUUAAAUUUAUUACAAAAACUGAAUGUCACUGGAUCAACUAGUCAAUUAAUUAGUAGUAAUAUGUCGACCUCAUCUGUGUUGAUGGCCAACGUUUCAGAUCCAAUCCAACAACUGUUCUUGGAUAAAAUUUGCAAGUACAAAGGAAAGUUUGAUUCCAAUACCUUUGACACUUCCAUUGAUAAAGGUUACAGGGCAGAUUUAGAAAAGAUUGGCAGACAGUACAACAUUGGCACAGAUGAAGAUCCUACAAAAUUUCCAACAAUUAAAUUUGAUGAACCCAAAGUUGAUCCACAAGUUUGAAGAUAAUACAUUUUGUGUUUAGGUUCUAAUAUAAGUACCUAGUGGUGUAACUAUGUAAUUAUAAGAUAAACUAGUUAAACUAGAUAAAGAAAUUGAUAACCGGACA